CAGCAAUCAGCGCACCUGGACCUGAUGAGAGGGAGCUGUAUAAAGGACCAGUGAACCCAAGGAUCCACACAGGAACCUAGUUACCUCUUUGUUGCCUCCCCGAGUCUUCCCCUUCGAGAUCUCCCGUUGUUUCCCCUGUGUUUUGGACUGCCUUCCUCGAUCCCCGACCCUUGCAUGGACACAGACCUAGUCUCUUCUCUCCUGCCCUGGAUCAUCUGCCUGCCCCUUGGACUGCCUUGUUCCUUCGCUCUCGACAACACUUGUAGGUACCGGGAAGCGGACCUGAGUGGUCUUCAACAAAACGUUGCUUGUUGGAGCGGCCCAAAGUGAACACGCCCGCACUUGUGUCAGAAAACCACUCAAUCUCUCCUCCUCCUUUUCCUCGUCGUCCUUCUCAUUCUCACUCGGGUUCAGAGUCAAAAAAGGAGAAGAACAGACGCCACCGCCUCGCCCAACUCAACGCCGUAUUUACUUCAAAAAGCCAUGGCGCAGACAGCCGAGGCCGUGUCCGCCAUUCUGUCCACCAACAGGAAUUGCACCAUCGAGAUAACCAACGUGAGCAGCAUCUACUGCCUGAUCAACCCCAAGGUUUUCAUGUCCAGCGGCUUCUGCCACCACCCGCCGCAGCCAACCAUCCGCAGCACUCACACCGAGGUGUGCUCCUUCGACAAAGACGACAACACGGCCACCGGCGCCGUGGGCCUGCUGACCUACGACCUCUUCCACAUGCAGAGCCGGGCGAGCUCGCAGCGCAUCGCCGUCAUGUUCUCGGUGCCCUACGACCACAACCUGUACAAGAACCGCCUGGCGCUGGGCGUGCUGGAACAGUCGCACAAGUGCGACAAGAAGCUCUACGAUCAGAUGUACGAGGGCAAGGAUCUCAGCCACUUCAGCCGGGCCGACGCCACCGGCAGCGGGCUGGUGUUCAGCGCCAACCUCGUGGACGUGAGGGGCACCAUGUCCACCGUGGGCAAGGCGAUCGUUAAGGUGGAGAUUUACGACCAAAUGACUCGUUAGGAAUUAAUUUGCUACAAUUCACAAUAAAACUUGUCGGAACUUGAACAUGAUGAUUUCUUUCC